AUGUGGAAUUUCAAAGGCGGCGUGGUUGAACACCAUGUAGAAGAUGAGAAGCAUCCUCAUGGAAAUGUUGUCAAGUUGGACGCAGCUUCUGUCGCGCUCGCGGCGGCGGUGGCUGCACAAAAGCCAUCUUUGUUGUCGAAAAAUAUGCUGAAGCUUUAUGCUAUUAUGUCGGUUGGAUAUUUGGUCUCAACCCUCAAUGGUUUUGGUAAGUGAAUUUCUGACUUGAGAAAGGGAUGCCGCUAACUUUACUCAGAUUCCUCUCUUAUGGGAGCAAUUAACGCAAUGAAGCCAUAUCAAGAAUCUAUGGGUCUAACUGGUACCGGCCCUUCUACCGGUCUUGUGUUCAUCAUCUACAAUCUUGGACAGAUCGGCGCCUUCCCAUUCUGCGGGCUUUUGGCAGAUGGUUAUGGACGACGAGUGUGUAUUUUCGUGGGAUGUUUGAUUGUUUUAGUUGGAACGGCGGUGCAAGCAACAGCCCAUGGCAUGCAGCAGUUUAUGGGAGGUCGAUUUAUCCUUGGACUUGGGGCUGCUUUGGCAUCUGCAGCUGGACCAGCUUACACCGUUGAACUGGCACAUCCAGCAUAUCGUGGAACCAUGGCUGGUAUGUAUAACAACUUUUGGUGGCUCGGAAACAUUCUUGCCGGAUGGACAACGUAUGGAUCAAACAAGUAAGCAUAUCCCUGAGCUGUCGACAAAUAGGGUCUGGAGGCUGACUUUGUAUAGGAACCUGACUACCUCAUGGGCUUGGAGAAUACCAACCAUUGUACAAUGCGGUCUGCCCACAAUUGUCAUUGUCAUGAUUCUGUUCUUCCCAGAGUCUCCUCGUUGGCUGAUUGCUAAUGAUCGUCGGGAGGAGGCUUUGGCCAUCUUCGCUAAAUACCACGGCGACGACGAUGAAAACUCCCCAAUUGUGCAAUUAGUGAGCAAUAUCUUCCAACCUUCUUCUUCUGAACCAUCUGACUUCCAAUAGCAAUACAACGAAAUCAUCAACCAGCUCCACGAAACCAAGAAUGAGAACCCGUGGUGGGACUUCCGAGAGCUCGCCAACACCCCCAAUGCUCGCUAUCGUUUAUAUAUGGUCAUCGCCAUGGCAUUUUUCGGUCAAUGGUCCGGAAACAAUGUCGUUUCCUACUUCAUGCCGGAAAUGGUGAAGAACGCUGGUAUCACUGAUACAAACAAACAGCUCCUAAUCAACGCCAUUAACCCGAUUUUCUCUAUGAUUGGUGCGGUGUACGGCGCAACGCUUUUGGACAAAUUAGGUCGACGAUUUAUGAUGCUUGCGGGUUUAGGGGGGGCCCUUGUAUCAUACAUCAUGCUUACUGCCUUUACUGCUUCCGCAGAGCAUACGCCUUCUUUAUCUUACGGCGUCAUAGUUUCCAUAUAUCUCUUUGGGAUCAUCUUUUCCUGGGGAUUUACGCCUCUACAGACACUCUACGCGGUGGAAUGUCUGGAGAACCGAACUCGUGCAAAGGGCUCCGGGUUGAACUUUCUCUUCUUGAACGUUGCCAGUAAGUACAAAUCGCCCACUCGGAUUCUUUGGCUACUAACAUCUUCUUCAGUGGUUGUUAAUACCUACGGUAUCUCAGUCGGAAUUGCAAAAAUAGGAUGGAAACUUUACCUGGUCUUUAUUGGAUGGAUGUGCGUCGAGCUGGUCAUCAUCUACUUCUUUUUCGUCGAAACAGCCGGAAAGACUCUGGAAGAGAUGGAUAGUAUUUUCGACGCCAAGAAUCCACGAAAAGAAAGUACGAAGAAGACGAAGGUGGGGAUAGACGAGAGGGGACAAGUGAUUCAUAUUGAUGACGUUUAA